CCUGGAGGGGAGCGGUGGACGUCCACAUGCCCGUAGAGCCGCACAGCCGCAGCCAUGGCCGGUGUUUCUCGUCCCUGCCCGGCUGUGUUUGGGGUGCUCCUCGUUUUAGCCGUGACUGUGAACUGUCUCAGCCGGAGCGACCUGCUGGACUACGGAGUUCAGUUCGGCGACCAGCUUCUGGACUCCGGGACGGACGUAACUCAAAAAAUCACCCUGGACCAGCUUGUGUUCUUCUUCGAUGGAGAGUUCGACACAGUUUACGUCAACACCAAUGGCUUUGUGUCUGUGGCUGAACCUCCGGCUGAGUCCGAGUAUUUGGGGAAAAUGCCUGCUGAAUUUGGCAUCAUUGCUGCUUUCCUUGGGGAUUUGGACACCAGCGAUGGAAUCGGGAAAGUCUAUUUCAGGCAGGACAGCAGUCCAGACGUGUUGCAGAAGAUUGCAGAGCAGAUCACCCAAGCUUUCCCAUACGAGGACGAGGUCGAGCCCACCCAUGCCCUUAUUGUGACCUGGGAGAACGUAAUGGCUCAUGGAGCUCCAGAAAGAGGAGAUGAUUUGAACGAAAAGAGAAGCACUUUCCAACUUGUCCUGACGUCCACAGAGCUGUCCACCUAUGCCAUCCUGCUCUACCCAAAAGAUGACCUGCAGUACUACUCCACUCUUAUAGAGGGUGCAAUCAAGCCUGUUGAGGUUGGCUUCAGUAAAGGUUUGCUUAAGGGCUGGUUCUCCUGGAGCAGUACUCAGGGCCCUUAUUAUCGUGUUACCACUGACAACAAGGAUUUGGUCCGAGACCUCGUGCUACUAACGAAUUCAGGCAGGCGUGGUGUGUGGGUGUAUGAGAUCGGCUCCUCCACCUUCAACUCCGUAACUCCUGGCCAGGUCACCACCGUAGCCCCAGAGGAGGGUGCGCCAGUCCAGAGCGUCACUGAGAUCCCAGAGCCCACAUACUCUGAACCAUACACUGAACAAGACGAGACCCCAGAUUACCCACCUUAUGAAGCAGAAACGUUCUCUGAGGAAACACCCUCACUAGAAACAUUCACAUCAGCAGCAGCCUUGCCAGAGCCAGAAACAACCUCAGGGUCAGAAAUACCGUCACAUGUGGAGACGGUGCCGCCAUACGCAGCUCAGCCAAGUUAUCCCCAGGUUAGCUACCCUCUGCCCCCCAGACCACAACAGCCUAUCGUGGUCCAGCCAGUCAACCCCCAGGUGGUGAUUGUGGACGAAGAGGAGGAAGACCUAAAUGUUAAUGUGUUUUCCUAUUAUGAGACAUGCUCCACCAACAGACAUAAGUGCUCUAGUUUUGCGGAAUGCAGAGAUUACACCAGUGGUUACUGCUGCCAUUGUAAGCCUGGAUAUUACGGCAAUGGGAAGGACUGCGUUGCUGAGGGAAAACCCCAGAGGAUAAAUGGAAAAGUAAAUGGCAGGAUCUACGUCGGGAGUUCCCCCACUCCAGUGGAGUUCUCCAACAAUGAUUUGCACUCAUAUGUGGUUGCCAAUGAUGGCCGAGCUUAUGUAGCUAUCAGCACCAUCCCAGCCAACGUCGGACCCUCACUGCAGCCACUCUCCUCCAUUGGGGGAGUCAUCGGCUGGGCCUUUGCCCUGGAGCAGCCAGGAUAUGAGAAUGGCUUCAGCGUUGCUGGAGGCGUUUUCACACGGCAGACUGAAGUGACCUUCCAGCCAGGUGGCGAGAAGCUGACCAUCAGUCAGGAAUUCAAAGGGAUUGAUGAGCACGAUCAUCUGGUGGUCAGCACUCAUUUGGAGGGGAGGAUUCCGGAGGUGCCAGAGGGGGCCACGGUCCAGAUUGACCCCUACUAUGAGAUCUAUCAGUACUCCAGCAACUUGAUCACCUCCUCCUCCACACGGGAUUACACAGUGACCCUCCCCGACGGUUCUACGCAGACUCUGGUGUACCUGUGGAGGCAGAGCGUUAGUUUUCAGAGCUGCCCCCAUGCUGAGGCCUCGCACUCAAUCCCACCCAGCCAGCAGCUCAGCGUGGAUCAGGUCUUCGUCAUGUACGACGCUGCCAACCAGCUCAUUCGCUACGCAAUGAGCAACAAGAUCGGCUCCGUCAAUGGAACCCCGCAGCAGAACCCAUGUUACACUGGGAGACACGGUUGCGACACCAAUGCUGUCUGCCGCCCAGGCCAGGGAAACCAGUUCACCUGUGAGUGUGCUGCAGGAUUCACGGGAGACGGACGAACAUGCUAUGAUGUUGAUGAAUGUAGAGAGACGCCUCAGGUCUGCGGAGCUCACGCCGUCUGCAACAAUCAGCCCGGAACCUUCCGCUGCGAGUGCAUGGAGGGCUUCCAGUUUGCCAGUGAUGGACAUACCUGUGUCCAAGUGGACCAUCCCAUCAAUCACUGCGAGAGGGGGACUCAUGACUGUGACAUUCGGGAGCGUGCACAGUGCAGCUAUACUGGAGGAUCCUCUUACGUCUGCUCCUGUCUGCCAGGCUUCUCCGGAGAUGGCAGGAGCUGCCAGGAUAUUGACGAAUGUCAGACUGACCGUUGCCAUAAAGAUGCUGUCUGUUACAACACACAGGGCUCCUUUACCUGCCAGUGCCGUCCACGUUUUCAUGGUGAUGGCUUCACUUGCACACCUGAAUCAGAGCGUGAGAAGAUGGCCUGUGAGCAGCACAGAGAGUCCGCGCUGGCUGCUUCAUCAGGGGGAUACUUCUUCUUCCGCCCACGCCCCGCGGUCGGCCAGUAUGUGCCCACCUGUGACAGCUACGGAGAGUAUGAGCCCACACAGUGCCAUGGCAGCACUGGUCAGUGCUGGUGUGUCGACCGCAAUGGCCAGGAGAUACCUGGAACCAGAACUGGACCAGGAAGCAGACCCAUGUGUUUGGAACAUAGUGUAUUUCCUACUGUGUUUGGCCCCACCACCAGGCCUGAUGUUAAUCUAGUUUCUCCAGGAACCAACCUCCUAUUUGCCCAGAGCGGCAAAAUCGACCACAUUCCAUUGGACGGCACCAACAUGAAAAAAGAGGAGGCCAAGACCGUGAUUCAUGUACCUGAUCAGGUGGUGAUUGCUGUUGCAUACGACUGUGUGGACAAGAUGGUGUACUGGUCUGACAUCACCCAGCCAUCCAUUAGCAGGGCCAGCAUGCAGGGAGGUCAGCCUACGGCCAUCAUCACAAAAGAUUUGGGAAGUCCUGAAGGAAUUGCAAUUGACCACCUGUCACGAAACAUGUACUGGACCGAUUCCAUUUUGGACCGCAUUGAGGUGUCCACAUUGGACGGACGCCACCGCCGCGUGUUCUUCGACAACGACCUCAUAAACCCACGAGCCAUCGUUGCUGACCCUGCCAAUGGACGUCUGUACUGGGCAGACUGGAACAGAGACGGCCCCAAGAUUGAGGCGUCCAACAUGGACGGCACAGACAGAACCGUGCUUGUGAAAGGGGACCUGGAGCUGCCCAACGGAUUGACCUUUGACCGUCACUCCAGGCAGCUGUGCUGGGCAGAUGCAGGUACUCGCAAGGUGGAGUGUAUUGACCCGUACACUCGUCUGAGGAGAAAGAUCAUGGAUGGAGUGCAUUAUCCAUUCGCCAUCGUCUCCUAUGGAAGAAACCUGUACUACACAGACUGGAGAAGGGAAUCUGUGGUCGCCGUGGACCGCGUGGCAGAGAGAGAGGUGGACGAGUUCCUGCCUCGGAAGAGAUCACGCACCUAUGGCAUCACCACGUCCUUCCCACAAUGCCCUGAAGUGGGAGUGAACCACUGCUCGAGGGAUAAUGGCGGCUGCUCCCACCUGUGCCUCCCGCGGCCCGGGGGCUUCACCUGCCGAUGUCCUACCUUGAACGACGGCUCCUGCGUCGAGAGGGACCAAAACUUCUGAGAGCAGCUCGACGAGGCAGCCGCGGGUGUUCUGACGAGAAGAGGAAAAGGGAUGCCUGUGCCUUUAAGAUGAUUCCACUUGAUUCACAUGGGGGGGAAAGCAGUAUGUAUGAUAAUUACCAAAAGACUAAAUCAACCACUAAACCUCACCCUCAUCACUACAGCCCGGAUACUGCAGAUAGGAGCGCAAUGUGGAAAGUUAGUGGCAUAAAAUGAAGUGGAUAUUGAUACAGAGUCCUGUGUAAACGGCUUGAGGGGAUCAGAAACGAGUGAAAGGAGGGACACUGAAGGUAUGGACUGCAGUGUGGGGCUCAGAAAGGAGGGAUGGUCAACACGGUGGUUAUCUAAGCACAGACCGGGGUCCGUGAGCUGGUGCAAAUGGGGUCUAAGUUAAGACUAGUUACUGUAUUACCAAAAUUCUUGUGAAUCACAGUUAUUAAAAUUAUAGUGUGAGGUUUAUAUCAAUAUAUUAACUGAUUAUAUUGUAGCCGAUCAAUUGAUUUUAUUUUUAAACUUUCCCCGCUUAACCCACUUUCUAAAAACAAUGCAACAUGUGAAGGUGGCCGUGUUUUGUAUUGUUCAUAUGGAGAAAAAUAGUCAUACUUUGCAUGUUAAGAAGCGACUGAAUUAGGGCUGUCAUAAUUAAUCGAUUAAACUUCAUCAUCUCACAUUUCAUGACAACUGACAUAAACUUACAUUUAUAAAGGCUUAUUCCAACCGGUUAUUGAUAAGCAGGUAUUAAUAAGUCCUGUGUAAACAGGACUUAUUAAUUAGCACAAGGAGAUAAGAACACUUUUAUCUGUCUGAUAAAAGGCUGAUUUUGUGUCAAGUUGACAACACCUAUUGUUUUUUUCUGACAUUGUGUUAUCAUCACAUUAUAACAACUGAUUUUGUAGCUUAUUGUAUAUCACAGUAACAUAAUGCUGAUGCUGCGACAGCUGAGAUCUUAUAAAUGGUAGAACGAAACUCUCUUAUCCUAAGGGCCAUAUUAUGAGCAUUAUGUCACUGUGACAUACACGGUCAUAACUUCAGAAAAAAAAAUCUGUUACCCGAGAUGGGUGUUGUGUCGACAUCAAAGCUGCAACUUUUUAGACAAAUGACGCCUUUUGAAGUAAGUGCUUAUAAAUGUUUAUGUAGGUCUGUGUCAUUUGUCAUAAAGGGCAUAUAUAUGUGUGGUGUAGCCUCAUGAGCAUCAUCCUACACGCUCAGAAAAAAAGGUACUAAACGUAGUGAUGCUGUCAAGGGUACAUCUUCAGUACUGUUAGUUAUGGGACAUAAUCUAUUGAAAUUCAGUUUUUUAAAUUUAAAAUGGACUCUUGACUGGGCUUUUUUUUAUCAUUAGGUCAUGAAAGGUAUAAAUGUGUGUCUUUCUCCUGGGAAAAACGUGUUUUAGGUACACAGUUGAAACAAAGGCUGAUAGACACAACCAGUUAAAUGUUACAUAGGGCUGGUUUAGGUCUAAAUCUGGACCAAAUGGGAUUUUAAUAGUGGAACACUGUUGGUUUUGCUAAUCCUUGUUAAUCCUUGUCCAAGAAACCAGUCUAUAGUGUUUUAAUAUUUAUUUCAAUGGCUACCUAGUUUAACCUAUUUCCUAUAAAGUGUUUUGAAUCUUCGAAAAGCUUUAAAUGAUUUGUUUUUUAAAUUUAUUCAUCGAAAUAAUUGGCUGAUUAUUGGGGUGUAACAAUGUAUCAUUACAUUAUGAUGUUCGGUGGCGAACCGUGACAGCGCUAGGCCUUCAUUUUGGGCCAUAAAUUUCAAAACAAAAACGAGGAAAGUAACACCUCUAUGAAAAUGCUAAUUUCGGCUAGCGCCCCUAUGAGAUCCCAGUAGUGUUUUAGCGAUAAGUGCUUUACAUGAACAGUUUUUGGCCAUUUUACAUUAAACACGGGCAUUUGAAGCUUAUAAAAGUCAUUUCAAGCUUGUAACAGAAUAUUAAUGUGUAUUUUAUUUUGUAUGUGGCAGUUUUUUCUUUAUAUAUGCAUCAUGGAGAAUGAGUGUUCUCUUAUUGGCACUAAAUGCAGUUGAACUGUUGGAGCACCAGUCAACAGUUCACUCAAGCAUGUGCAUUAGUAAAUAACACAUAUCAUGGCACAUCACAAUAAAUAUCAUGAGAAUGAAAUCGCGAAAGCAGUAUUGAUGGAAUCGUAGGCCAAGGGAAUCAUUAUAGCCCUGAUAUAAUCGAUAAUAACAGCCCUAAAGUAAAUCUCACCUUUUUUGCUUUAAAGUUUAAAAAGCCCUAAGAGCUGUGUAUGGGGUCAGUGGGUCAGAUAGGGUAGUUAUGGGGUGAACAUUAUGACAUUAAUUCACUUACAUAAAAAUUCUAUUUACAAUAAUUUUAUGUUUUUGUUUGUAUUGUAAAUAAAUGACUGAAAUAUAGUCAUACUUUAAAUACACAUUUCAGGUAAAAAUGUUUACAAGCGUUAAAGCUAAUCAGGGGUGAUGGUUCGGGGGUCUUGGCCAAGAUCCUGUCCAUCUGAACCGAGUUCCUCUGGAGGCUGCGUUGGCUCAAACCUCCCUGACCUCAUCCCGCAAACGGGGCUCCAGCCUCAGCGUUUACACAUUAGCUAAGGUUACCAUGCACGUACUGUGGACGCAGCUGGAGGGAGGCGGCGAUACACUCAUACGAGAACAGUUCCACUCUGUACAGCUGUCUAAUAAAAACACCUUUUUUUU